AUCAAACAAAUUAUUCGGAACAUGACGAAUAUGAAAUUUGCUUGUUAUUACAAUUAAUUUCAACAAAUUUAGAAAUGUUUUCUUGCAAAUAUUUUUGCCCCGAAAUAUUUGUAAAUUUAAAAAAAUAUUCGGGGAAUUUGACCCAUUUACGUAUAAUAAUUAAAUCUCAAACAAUAGUGAGAUUUAGUAAAGUGAUGUCAGUCAUGUCAAAUUUAAAAUAUUUGUAUAUUGAAUCUCCUAGAGAAGAAUAUACAUUAUUUACAGAACAAAUGAUUGACCAAUUGGCACAUUCCCUUCCCUUUUCUUUGAUUACAUUAUCAUGUAAUCUUUCAAUCACUCAAGAAUUACUUAAAGUAUUCUUAAGUGGUUGUUUUGUCCACUUAAAUACAUUAGAAUUAUUUAAUGUCCAAGAACCCGAUAAAAAAAUAUCCUUAUUAAUUAGGGAUUAUUGCAAUAAAAUGAGUAGUUUAAAAACAUUGAAAUUAAGUAGAUCUCUUUUAGAAAAGUUUACAAAUAUUAAGAAAAAGGGACCCUACAGAAUUAUUGGAUCCACUCCUGAUUGGUUCCAAGAACCUAUUUAAGUUUCAAGGUUUUUUAAACACGUAGCAUAUUAUAUAUUAUAUAUAAU